AUGGAAAAGGCUAUCAUUUGUUAUUUUUUGAUCUUUAAGUGUCUACUGCUUCAUGUCAGGUGGCUGCGAGUGUCUGUAAACGACCGACAGUACAGCGGUGUUCUCAGCAGAUUCUUGAAGCGUAAACUCAGUUGGAGUGAAUUGGAAACCAAUGUUGAAAGUGACGAUCUGUUAGAGUUAUUUGAUUGGCUGUCAAAAGUGUGGUACCACCUGAAUGAGAUUCUGGUAGAUUUUUGCGAUUCUGACCCCACACUAGGUCCAUCACUGUUUUACUCGUGUCCAAUGGACUUCAAAGUUGCUGAGGGUUGGUUUGUUAAUGUGUGGAACUAUAAUGUGAUCCCGUAUCUACAUCAGACUCUGCGGAGUGGAAGGAAGACUUUUGAUCGAUGUGUCAGCUGGGAGGAUCCAACAAAGUGGGUGGUACUAAGGUACCCAUGGAAUAAGGACCAUAGUAGGGUUUUUCACACGCUUCGUAAACUGCGCCAAGUAGAUGUUGUUCUCAAUAGGAACCAACUCGGUUCAGAUAGUGUUACUUUUGCUGAGUGCAUUGAAGACAAUGAGAAAAUUCUGCGCGCCCAUACCAGUGUGUCUAAAAGAGUUCGCACUGUUGUUCAAGAAAAAAUUCCAAAGGUAACGUGGUGUUCAUUUUUGAGAGCUCGCAAUUCUACGGCCACCCAUCAAAUGCACUGUAAAUAACAGCACAGCAAUGUU